AUGGCAUCUCUCGCUGCUUUAGAUUUGUUUAAUGUCAAGGGUCGUGUUGCAGUGGUCACCGGCGGGAGUAGUGGCAUCGGGCUCAUGAUUUCCAAGGGUUUGGUCGAAAAUGGAGCGAAAGUUUAUAUCUUGUCUUUGCCAAGUGAUCCGAUCGCCGACACUGUUGCAGAGUUGAACGAUCUAGGACGCGAGACUGGAGGAAGUGCUGAAGGAUUCCCCUGCGAUCUAUCAUCGAAAGAGUCUAUACAGGAACUCUCUCAGAUGAUAUCUUCGAAAGAAAAGACACUUGACAUACUCAUCUCCAAUGCUGGCAUUCGCCGCGACCCUCCAAAAGCAUGCAAUGUCCUCGCAGCUUCAUUGGAAGAGCUACAAGCUUCUAUGUGGUCUGUACGAGCAGAGGACUGGUCAGACACCUUCAAAAUUAACACGACUGCGCACUACUUCCUCAGUGUUUCAUUCCUACCUCUACUCGCUGCGGCUGCUGAGAAGCCCACAAUCGGCGGUGGUAAGGGUCGUGAUGAAGGUAGAGGGGUUAUUGUGGUGACGAGUUCUUGUGCUAGUAUGCAUAACGCAACAAAUAUUGACUUGACAAGCUAUGCGACAAGCAAGGCAGCUACUGAUCAUCUUGUGCGAUUGCUGGCGGCUAAGUACAAUCGGUUUUAUGUUAGAGUGGUUGGAAUCAACCCUGGAUUUGUUCCGAGUAAUAUGAACCCUAUUGGUGCAGAGGGCAACAUGUUUAGUACGCUAUUCGAUAAAGUUCCCGCCAGGAGAGCAGGUGCAUCGGAGGAUAUUGCAGGCACAGUGCUGUACUUGGUCAGCAAGGCAGGAUCGUAUGUUGAUGGUAUCUCACUUUGUGUGGAUGGAGGCCGGAUUUUAUUGGCAAAUGGACAGGAGUGA